AUGACCCUAAGCAAUGAGAAAUUCAAUGACAUGUUAACUUGCCAUAAGGGAUUGGAGAGCCAAAUUUCUCAAUUGGCUAAUGAGUUUAAGGAAUUUACAAAUCUUUCUUCUUUGACUUCACAAAGCUUAGAUCUUAAGAGCCCUAUGAAUGCUAUUGUGACUAGAAGUGGUAGGGUCCUUAAGAGUGAAAUCUCUAAGAAGAGUGAUAUUAAAGAUAGUCAUAGCAAUGGCCAAAUUGAGAAUGAGGGAGAAGAGAAUACUUUAGUUGAGGAAGUCAAUAACAAACAAGUUGAGAAGGUGAAAGAGAGAGAAAGAGAAGUUUACAAACCUAAGCUCCCUUACCCCCAAAAGUUUAAUAGGCACAAUCUAGACAAGCAAUUUGGGAAAUUUAUAGAGAUGCUUAGACAGCUUCAUCUUACUCUUCCUUUUACCGAUGUCAUUGAACAAAUGCCAAAUUAUGCAAAGUUCCUUAAGGAGAUUUUGAGUGGAAAUAGAACAUGUGGAGCUAGUGUUAGCAUUACGCCAUACUCAAUAUAUCAAAGACUAGAGAAGGGAGAACUUUUACCUACCAACAUUACCUUGCAAUUAGUCGAUAGAUCAAUAAGGAUCCCAAGGGGCAAGGUAGAGGAUGUUCCCUUGAGGGUAGGAAAGUUCAUCAUUCCGGUUGAUUUUGUGGUCCUUGACAUAGAUGAGGAUUCUACAAUUCCUAUUAUUCUUGGUAGACCAUUUCUUGCUACUUCGGGUGCUUUGAUUGAUGUCAAAAGUGCUAAGAUUUCACUUAAAAUUGGAGAUAAGGGAGUUGAAUUUGAUUUGAAUGAAAGUAUGAAAUAUCCUUCUUCGUCUCUUGAGAAUUGCAUGAGAGUUGAAAUCUUAGAUAAUCUUGUACAUUCAAUGCAUGACCACUUACUCACAACUAAUGAUCCUCUUGAGUGUGUUUUGUUGAACAAGGAAAAGAUAGGUGCUCCUAGCAAGGACAUGGCUUUGUAUGAGAACUUUUUAGAUGGAAGCGUUGAGGGAAGUGAUGAGCAAAUUUGCAUGAAAAUCUUAAUCUAA